CACAUGGUGUUUCUUUAUUCUCAUUCAUUGCCUGUAUAGCUGUUUGGUGCUGUACUGGGAGGGUGUGAUGGCACAGUAUAUAAUGCAGAACCCCUGCAGAGCCAUGUGAUCCUGCAACCAAGAGCCCCAGCACAGCAACCACCCCACCAGGACCUGCUCCAUCCCAAAUCCUCACCAUGAAAUCCUCCCUGGCUCCAGCCAUCAGGCUGUUCCAUGCUGUGUCCAGAGACAGCUGGUAUCGGGGGUACAUUAUCGUUUUGACUUUUGUGUUUUACACCAGCUAUCACUUGUCAAGGAAGCCCCUCAGUGUGGUAAAGGGUCAGCUGCAUCGAAAUUGCUCGGAAUUUCCCAACCCUCCAGCUAACCUUUCCGAAAAUGACACCACAUGGUGUAACUGGGCCCCGUUCGAUGGUCCCAAUUAUAAAGAACUUCUGGGGUCUCUGGACACAGCAUUUCUAGUAUCGUAUGCCAUUGGCAUGUUCCUGAGCGGUAUCUUUGGGGAACGUCUUCCGUUGCGAUAUUAUUUGUCCGGUGGUAUGGUCCUCUGUGGUUUGUUUACUUCUUUCCUGGGGCUGGGCUUUUACUGGAAAAUUCACGCCCUCUGGUACUAUAUCCUCUUCCAGAUAUUAAAUGGUGUGGUUCAGACUACAGGAUGGCCGUCUGUGGUAGCCUGCAUGGGGAAUUGGUUUGGUAAAGGAAAGCGAGGGUUCAUCAUGGGGAUCUGGAACUCUCACACAGCUGUCGGCAACAUAUUGGGCUCUCUAAUCGCUGGGGUUUUUGUCUCCUCUGCCUGGGGCUUGUCCUUCAUCGUACCUGGAAUUAUAAUCGGUGCCAUGGGAAUCAUAUGCUUCUUCUUCCUCGUUGAGUAUCCUGAAGAUGUAGGCUGUACCCCUCCGGAUCAGAACAAUGAAGAAGUGGUGAAAGAUGAGUUGGAGAACGUUCAGGCCAUGAACGGCAGCACAGAGAACAUAUUUAAGAGACAGUCCGGAGCCGAUCUCGAGGAGUCUGUGAAUCCUCAAGAGCCUGUUGAACACCCACAGGCCAUUAGCUUUUUGGGGGCACUUAAGAUUCCGGGCGUGAUGGAAUUCUCGCUAUGUCUGCUGUUCGCAAAGCUUGUCAGUUACACCUUUCUCUACUGGCUCCCACUCUAUAUAUCGAAUGUCGCUCACUUUGAUCCCAAAAAAGCUGGAGACAUGUCCACUCUGUUUGAUGCUGGCGGAAUUAUAGGUGGGAUUGUUGCAGGAGCGAUAUCCGAUUACACUGGGGGACGAGCCAUCACCUGCGCUGUCAUGCUGAUAUUAACCGCCCCAAUGCUGUUCAUUUAUAACCAGUUUGGCCAGACGGACAUUUCCACAACUAUUGCCAUGUUAAUUAUCUGUGGGAUGUUGGUAAACGGGCCAUAUUCUCUCAUCACAACCGCCGUAUCCGCUGAUCUGGGAACACACGAGUCUCUACACGGGAAUUCGAAGGCCCUAUCCACGGUCACCGCUAUCAUUGACGGUUCUGGAUCUAUAGGUGCUUUUGUGGGACCCCUGUUGGCCUCUGUCCUAUCUUCCAAAGGCUGGAACUAUGUCUUCUACAUGCUGAUUGCUGCCGAUCUACUGGCUUGUUUGUUUCUGGUCCGUCUGGUGUACAAAGAGAUUAAACAGCUCUGCCCAUGUUUCAACAAAGCCAGGGGUGAUAGUCUGACAUUAAAGAACAAUAUUCCUGGAUCAUAUGAGUAGUUAAAUGUACAUCGUAUCAAGAUAUGUGACGAAUCCUCUGCGGCUGUUUUGGUCAAUGUUUUCAUUCAUUUUAUGGCUGGCCGGUCCAGCUAGUUGCUGCUAUUAAAUAUUAUUAAAUGUGGGACGUUUUUAAUUGAUUUUCUUUAAAGGAUUUUGACUUGUCGCUACUAAAGAUCAGAAGAGGAGAAAGGGUUAAACAAUCCAAAGACCUGUCAUAUCAUUCCUAUCUCUGUGUAAAAUAGGAUUUUGUUUCUAUUUUGCUGCAUUUGUUCCUGUUAAAAUCCCAAACUUUUUAUGUUGUCUGUUUAUAGGGACUUGUUCAGAGCUUGUAUAUAGACCUAGGAUUAUUUGCAGCUAAUCAACAAUCGACCGUAUAAUUGUCAAGGUAGUGAUAUUUAAUGGUAUGUACAUAAAAAUUAUAAUAA